ACAAGCGCUGAUCAGGUUUCACCGGACUGAUCGCGUCCCUCGCGCAGGCCCACGGUAACAACAAUGACGACUGGAAAAACACUCAUCUCUCCCGUUUCCUCUAAAUAUCACUUCUAAAAUGCGCUGCGUGUGGUGUGACGCUGGAACAUGCGUAUUUUUAUAUUCUUAAUACUAGUAGUCAUUCGGCAGUGAAGCGCGUGCGCGUCGCGGCAGCUUUCAUAGUAAUAAUAAUAAUAACGAAUUGAAGAUGGCGGAGUUUUCUCCGGUGCUGCCUCAUCUGCGCGAUGAUGGAGGAUACGGUCGGUACGGGCUGCCGUUGUUCCCCAGAUCUCGGUCUGGUUCGGAGUCGGACAGUGAGUUAUCGCAGAGUUUGGCCCAAACAAAGACGCGCUCGUAUGGCAGCACAGCGAGCGUCACGGCGCCGUUAGGAGAGAAAUACGUAGAGCACAGGGUAACGGACGGGGACACACUGCAGGGUAUAGCCCUCAAAUACGGGGUUACGAUGGAGCAAAUCAAACGAGUAAAUAAGCUUUUCGGCAAUGACUGCAUAUUCCUGCGAAACACUCUCAAUAUUCCGGUUAAGUCCGAAAAACGUUCCCUCUUUAACGGACUGUCUCUGGAGUCACCCGACAGUGAGGGAAGCAUGCUGCAGGAGCCACCCUGCCUGAGUCAGGACAUGGACAUCCCGUCCCCCCCACCAGAACCAGCAGCUCCAGAACCCAACACCCGACCCGUGCAGACUGAGGAGCUAUCUGCGAAAGACUACUUACACCGACUCGACUUGCAGAUCAAACAGUCCAAACAAGCCGCCCGCAAACUCAAAGAGGAUGGUGGGAGGGAGGAAGACGACUCCACAAACUCAAACUCAUCAUAUCAGGAGAUCUGAUGGAAUCUUCAUCAUCUAAUUACCUGGAGCACUGACAAUGACCCAUCCUCCUCCUCCUCCUCAUCAUACCGCUUCACCUGCUUUUUUACAUGUCCUUUACCCAAACCAUGAAACAGGACCAUUCAUCAUGCUCUUGAGCUGAGGGACCGUCAUUGCCUUCUUCAGCAGUAUUAUAGUGAUUUUAAUUCAGAUUUUUCUCAUUAUUGUUACAGUUCACAUGGCGAUUUAGACGCUACAGCAGGGUUUUUCUUCUUUAGAUAGAGAGCAGUAGCUCUCCACAUGUAGAUCACAAAGUCCACUUAUGAUAAACCUCUUCACAUAGCCUCUGCUUGUAUGAAAUACUGUACCGUAUCCACAGUCUAUCCCAUGAUGUACUGUCUCAAAGAUACAAAACAAGCUCGGUCUCUUGUGUGGCUGCCUGCUGAUUUUAAUUUAUAGUUUUUUGGUUUGCCUAUAAAAGCUUUGUGUGUGGGAUUGAAAGGGAUAAAUAAUUCUGUGUGUGUGUGAGAAUGUUGUUAUUGUGUGUUGGGGUUAACAUUAUGUUUUACUGUGCUGUUUGAUUUGGUUUAUGCAGAAUAAAUGCUUCUA